AUGCUUCACAAAAGCUGUGAAAAUAACAAGCCGGACACAAAGAAGACACUCGAGGCAAAUUUUCGCGCAAAGCAAUAUACAGUGAUAAGCGGUGUGCAAACUGUGUUUUUCUGUGCCAGAGCCUGGCUCACAGACAUAGAAACACGUGGCAAACCUGUCGGAUUACUUAACGCUGCUAGAUCAAUAAAUUUGCUCUCAAAGAGGUUUUUAACCUAA